AUGAAGCUUGUGCCUCACAUAUGUUGUGUGUCUUACAUAAUGACGUCAGUUGAUGUAAAUCGCAUAGCAAGUCAAGUGGAUGUCGAAGCUCUACAAGAAAUGUUAACCUCUGUUACAUUCUGUGAUAUAACUAAUGAAAUUGAUACACGCUAUAUUGACACUAAUUUCAUAAAAUUGUUUCAGCUUGCUCAACUUUUAGUUGAAUAUUUAUUGUAUUCUCAGGACUAUCUAACAACCACAAUCGACUCCUUAAAGGAAGAGAAUGGUGAACUUCAUAAGAAAUGCAAUAAAUUAAAGCAACAACUUGAAGAGAAAACUAAUCGUCUUACAUUAACCCGACGAGAAUGUCAUCGUCGGCGUUUAUUACUCAUGGCCCAACAGGAACUCAUGGAUUCUGGUCCACAGUCAUUACAUAAGUGUACAUAUUGUCCAAAAGCUUUCGUGAAUGCUUCAUUUUUAGCCACACAUAUUCAUCGUAGGCAUCCAGAAGCCAGAACUCCACCUAAUAAUGUUCCACUUUCUAUGGCUCAUACAAAUACGAUGACUGAUGGCCUACCUUGUACUCACACACAACAACUGCCUUGUUGUGGGAUUCCUCAUUCAUCGAAGAUGUCGCCACGACACAUACCUCAACAAACAGAAUGCCAUUAUACAACAAACAAUAAUAUGAGUGCCUCUUUGGAGCGUGAUGUAAGAGCGCUAUUGGACCAAUUGAAAUCUGUUACUCCAAGUCUUCCGAAUCGUUCCAAUUCCCCAUUUAGAUCAGUUGGUUUCGAUGUUGAUAUUUCUGCGAAGAAACCCAAUGACUCAGAUUGGCAUAGACAACUGAUGGAAGAACACAGACGUGAUAUGGAGUCAAUGAGAAAAGGAUUUGAAAAGGAGUUACACGCUUUACAAGUGCAGUAUAAUCAAACACAAGAGGAAUUGCGUAAACUGAAAUCUAGACCAGCUACUUCAAAUCUAGGAGAACUGGAAAAUGAUGUAUCUGGUACAAUUGAAAUGGUUAACCAUGAAUUUGGGGCUUUACCUCAGAACAGUAUAAAGUCAGGCUUGAAUCAUAAGGAUGCCAAUGAUAAUGAUAUCGUUGAAAGUAAUCAUUGUCACCAGUCUAUUGAAAUACCAGUUAAAAUUCUAUCAGCUAUUCAGAAGCCUUUGAAAGUUGACCAUGCUCAUUGUGCUCUGACUGGAAGUUGCACUGAUUCGGAAAUGGUUGAGCAAAGUGUACGAAGUCAAACUGAUGAUAUUUACAUAGCCAAUAAAUCUUGCACUGAAAGUGUUCAUUCACUCAAAAUAAGGAAUUCGCGGAAUCGCACAGAUGAAGAGGAUGAUAAAGCUGAACAGGAUUUAACUGAAUUAUUAGAUGAAAACGUAGAAAGAAAACUUCAGGAUUUGAAAAAAUUAACUUAUUCACUGAAGGGAAAGAAGAUGAACAGUGCUGAGACAUUGAACAAUAAAAUAUUCCCAUCGAAGUCUAGUUGUUAUGAAGUUCAGAAAGCUAAUAAUUUAUCUAAAAUGAACUCCUUACUUAAACGUAAGCGUAAACAUUUUCGUUCUACAGCAAUCCAAGUAGGAGCUGGUAAAUAUCAUCAUCAUUUUGGUGAACAAUUUGAAAGUAACAAAAAUACUUAUGUCAACUUUCAGUCAGAUAGUACUACUAAUCCAAUAAUCUUAAAAGUUAAACGUGCACAUUCCUUACAAUCUCUGUCAUCUGAAUCACCAUCAUCAAAUCUAUUGAAAAGAGGUGUUUCCUUCAAAGCAAAUAAAAAAUGUUUAAUUCAAAAUGAAAAUACAACACGAGAAAUUGUUAUAGUACAUACUGCUGACGAAUAUGACAGUGUGGUAAACAAUGUCGAGAAAAGUGAUAAUAAUCACAGUGUACAUUUGAUUCCAGCAAUUUUGAUGAAUAAAAAUGGUAAUACUUAUAAUGAUAAAAAUAGUAUCAAUACAUUUGAGGUUGUUAACGAAUUGGGACAACCUUUUCUCCGACCAAAUCGAGCCACAUCAGCUAGUGGGAAUAUACGACAGUCUGCACAUAAUCGUCAUUAUGCUGAACAAGUUGGAGUUGAUUCUCAUCGCAACUUCCAAAUAGAUGAUAAAGAAUCAACUAUUCAUGGUUCAACAAUCUCAGGAUCAACUGCAAGAUUCGUUAGGCAUCACUCACCAAGUCGGAAUUUCGGUGAUGCAACAGAUCAAGAAGUUAAAGAAGAAUCAGAAGCUCAACAAGUUUCUAGAGCUAUGGGACGUGUAUUAACAACAUCAGGAGGAACAAGUCCAACGCCUAGUUUAAAUGCGAGCACAAAUAUGCUACGUUAUAGUCGUUUACUUGAUCAAUUGCGUGCUGAUCCAGAAACUCUGCGCAAACUUCGUCACGAAGUUGAGCAGUUAUUAUUAGAACAACUAAGUGAACGUGGAAUUAGACAGGAUCAGAAUCGUUUAUCUACAAGUCAACUUAAUCAAAAGUUAAUUGCUUUGAACAAAGAAAGAGAACACUUGGCUAAAAAGCAUCCAAAUUUCAUGGAAAUACGAGACGCUUUGGCUCAACAUGUUGAUCGUCUGGCUCAUGCAGCACUUCGUGGUAGCACAGUAAGUAUGGCAGAAGCAAGAUUGCGUGGAGAAAAUAAUCAGAAAGUGAACACGUUUUACAAGUCUAGUUUGCCUCCUCCUGCAGCUCAUAGUCCUGCAAGUUUACGAAGAGCUGGAACACUUCCAUUAGCAACACAAAGAGUGGAUGUCACAAGUAAUUUGGGCGUAUCCUUACCAAUACUAUCAGUAAAUAGCGAUACUCGUGAAAAUCAAAAUAACAUAGCAGAAAUUAUAAAUUCACCGCACAGAAGGGCUGUGGGAUACUCUGAAUCAAAAUUACGUCUACAACGCUCAAGUCCUCAGCUAGAAUAUAUUGGUGAAGAAGGAAAUCAUGGUACAAAAUCUGAAAAAUAUUUUGCAAAACAGUAUAAUUCAAGUACACCACAGCUACAAACGACUUCUCAAAAUAAUUCACCAUCACAUUUCAGCAAUGAUAAUAAUAAUAACAGUAAUAAUAGUCAGCAGAAACAAACGUUGCUGAAUUCCCCAGAAAUCCAUUUUAGUCAUGAUCAGCGAAUUGUGACUUUUGGAGAGCAACCGACUACAAAUCGUAAUUUAUCAGUUGUACCUAGCAGUGAUGAAUGGGAUUCGGAAACUGAAGAUUUGAAUGCUGUUGCUGCAGAAAUCAAUAAGGCACAACAAUUAAGAUCAUCUAGUGCAUCAUAUAAACUGGCAGAUCCUAUAAAUCAAGGAAUAUCUUACAAUAAAUCCAGGAUCGUGACUAAUAAUAGUACUCUCAACCAGGGAACAAUAAUGCAUCAAUUCCACCAAAUCCUCCAGGAAUUAAAUCUAGUUUAUAUAAAGGGCAAAGUCUAA